AAAGAUGCAAUGAAAGUGAAUGGUGUGUGAUGCUUGUCAGCCCCUAACAUUCUGCAUUGUGUUCCACGGAAGAAAGUAAGUCAUCAUUUUGUCACAUAGGUUUGUCACAAUAUGAGGGCGAGUAAAAGACAGUAUUUUCAUUUUUGGACGUUAUCCCCUUAAUAGCAGUCCGUCUUUUGGUCACUAGAGGUCGCCAUUGAGCUAUCCUGGAAAUAAUAUGGGGGGAACUGAGAGAAAAAAACCUUCACGUUAUAUAUCCUGUUAGCUUAGCAUGUAGAGAGAAUAAAAAUGACCUCCGAUGAUUUGUAGCACAGAUAGCAUCGUAUAACAACUAAAUAGAACGUAACCACAUUAUUUAAUAUUAAGGUUAUUAUUGUGAAAGGAAUACCGUUAUGGCAUCUUUGGUUUCAUGUUGUUUUGGCUGUUGUGGAGACAAUAACAGGGGCCACGUAACACUGAAGGAAAUGCCCACGGUUCAGCUGGACACUCAUCACAUGGGUACUGAUGUUGUCAUUGUAAAGAGUGGAAGACGCAUAUGUGGAACUGGUGGUUGCAUUGCAAACGCCCCUCUCCAUCAAAACAAGAGCUACUUUGAGUUCAAGAUUCAGUCCACAGGUGUCUGGGGAGUAGGAGUGGCAACACGGAAAGCAAAUCUGAAUCAGAUCCCUAUGGGUAGAGACCCACGCAGCCUUGUGCUCCGGCAAGAUGGCGCCGUGUACCACAACAAUGAAGAAAAGAACCGAUUACCUGCAAACAGCUUACCGCAGGAAGGAGACAUUGUGGGUGUUACGUAUGACCAUGUGGAGCUGAAUUUGUACCUAAAUGGGAAGAAUAUGAACUGUCCAGCAUCAGGCAUUAGAGGAACUGUUUAUCCUGUAGUUUAUGUUGACGAUAGUGCAAUAUUGGAUUGCCAGUUCAGUGACUUCUACCAUCCUCCACCGCAAGGCUACCAGAAGAUUCUGUUUGAGCAACAGAUCUUCUAAAGUUCAUGGUGUGCUGUAUAUACACUAAAGAAAUGUACUCCACAGCCAGGAAUUGAAGUGCUAUGGUUAUGACUGAACUUGACGAUUGUGUGGCUUAGCCUGCUGAAAGGAGUUGAAAUAAUGUCAUCUGUGAUUUUGACUCGUGUAAAACUGACACAUAUCUGACCAUUUCUACUCAGUUUAAAAAGUCAUCCUAUGUCUUUCAGAUGAACUCUGUUAUAUCAUCUGCGCAUUAAUGAGCUGUGCACUGAUCUCAAAAGGUUUAUUUAGAACAUACAUCUUUAAUUUACACUUCAUCAAACACUGUACAGUAUUAACAGUGUGCUGUUGUGAGCGUAUGGAUUUUUGUUUAAAAGCUGAUUUGAAGACAAAAAAGGGUAAUAAUGGAGUCACAUAUUACAGCCGACAAUCAUGACUUUAUUCUUUAUGCAUUUCAAGAAAACAAAGUGAUGCUGACCUGAAAAGCUGAUACUGAUUGAAAAUACUGUCGAAGCUCUUUUUGAUUUCGUUGUCGUCUGUCUGAUGUAUGACCUGCAGCUGCACACACCAUAUACAUCAUGAUGACUUGGAUUUAUACAAGCUCUACAAAAAUACAUAUAUUUAAAUUUCAUGGAGUUUAUAUUUGGUUGUAUUUUCCAUAUUAUAUUGCUGUUUAUGUACAUUGUUUUAUUGUAGUUUAGUGUAACUAAUAUAUUAAACGUGAGAGAUACAAUAGAAUAAGUGUAAAGGUUAUUUAACCUUAAAUAUUUAAUAAUUUGACCCGAAAAACAUCUGAUUGUCUGUGUUCUCUAAUUAUAAAUUAUUGCAAAUGAUCACAAAACUGUUUUUAAUAAAUUGAGUAUUGCAUAGCCUAUAUGAUGUUAUUUUUGUAUGUUCUAAUCUGACAGGUCUUGUGUCUUUAGUAAUACAUAUUUUGGUUUUGUCAUUUGUUUGAUAAAGACUUUGUAUGUACCUUAUCAUAAUUUAAGACUUAAACAUGUUCCUGUUGUUAUUAAAAUGUGAAUUUCUAC